AUGGAUGCUGGAGGCAUUCCUGUGUUUCAGAGCGCCAGCCAGGCAGCAACCGCAGCCCAGCAGCAACAUCAACAUCAGCAACAGAAGCACCAGCAGCAACAACAGCAGCGCCAACAACACCUCACAUUGCAGCUACAGCAGCAACAGCACUUGCAACAUCAUCAGCUGCACCACCAACAGCUACAUCAGCAACAAUCUUUAGGUUUGCAUCUACAACAGCAUCAACAAUUACAAGCGACACAACAACAAUUACAUAAUGUGCAGCAACACCAGCAGAUACAGGUGCAACAUAACCAGCAGCAACAUCAGCAAACGAAUUCGCAACAGGCUCAGCAUUCUCCCUACCAUGCAACGACAGCAGCGGCUGCGGGCAACGGAGGAGGAAUCAGCAGCGGCAGCGCUGGGGGCACUACAGGUCCAACUGGAACAACAGCAACAACAGUUGGCGGAUCUGGUGGAAUGGGCGGUCUCAUCGGGGCUACCAACAAUAUCAAUGGGCCUUCGUCUGCCAACCAGACUAUCAAUCAAAACAGCUGCGGUACCGAAACUGUACCUCCAAAGAGGCAACAAAUGGUUGAUCGGCUUAGGCGACGAAUUGAAAACUAUAGGCGCCGUCAGACAGACUGUGUGCCCCGCUACGAACAAACAUUUAACACCGUAUGCGAACAGCAAAACCAUGAAACAGCGGCACUGCAAAAACGGUUCCUCGAAAGCAAAAAUAAGCGCGCAGUCAAAAAGACAGAGAAGAAGCCAACGGAGACAGCAGUGGCUGCGGCUGCUAUGAUGGGCAAUCUGCAGAGCAGUGUUCACGUGCAACAAAAGUUCUUAAAACGACCAGCGGACGAUGUGGACAACGGAGCAGACAACUAUGAGCCGCCACAUAAACUGCCAAACAAUAAUAAUAAUAACAACAGUAACAAUAGCAACAAUAGUAACGGCUCUGAAAAUCUAACGAAAUUCUCAGUGCAUAUCGUUCAAAAAUUGGAGUUCACCACCUCGGCGGCAAAUUCGCAGCCACAGCAGAUAAGUACGAAUGUCACGGUGAAGGCGCUGACAAACACUUCUGUAAAAAGUGAAAGCGAAGUCGGUGGGAACGGAAGUAGCGCGGGUGGCGGUGGCUGUAGUGGAGGGAGUGGGAAUUCUGGCAGUGGUCCUGGAGGAUCCAAUGAACCCCAAAGCAGCGGCGUAUCGAAUAAUGCUCGCGGAAAUACCGGAAACGGCGAAGGUGCUAAUUCCGGGGGCAACGGGAUGAACAGCAACGGUGGAAGGGGCAGCAUGGUCAAUAACCUAAUGGGUGGACAUAAUUCGAAUACAACGCAACAACAGCAAAAAGUUGCACUGAGUGGUUUAGGUGGUAGUCUUGGUGGCUUGGCAAACUUGGUGGAAUGCAAACGUGAGCCAGAUCAGGACUAUUCCGAUCUGGCUGGCCUUGAUAAAGAAGGUGGCCCCAACAGUAACUUUCCCAGCUUUCCCGAUCUUAUGGGUGAUGAUAUCAUUAACGAUUUACAAGAUUUCAAUCCGGAUUUGUUCAGUUUCGACGAGAAACCUUUAUUAGACAUUAAGACGGAGGAUGGCAUUAAAGUGGAACCACCAAAUGCACAAGACCUCAUCAAUAGUCUCAAUGUUAAAUCGGAGAAUGCAAUGGCAGAUUUUACCGCCGCAUUCGGAAGUGGUGGUGGGGGAAUGAAUGUUGGAAGUUCGACUAAUGGACCCAGUAGCGGCAGUAAUAACGGGAUGGGGACCCAAAUGAGUGGACAACCACAUGCCGAUCAACAGACUAUGAAUAAAAUGCGGCAAUUUUUAAACGGUCCCGAUAGCGGUACAAUGAAUUCGUUGGCGGCACAAACUUUAAAACAAAUGGCAGAACAACAUCAACAUAAGAAUGCCAUGGGAGGUAUGGGAACUUUCCCUCGUCCGCCUAUGCACCAGUCUCAGCAGAGCCAAUUAAUGAGCGGUGCUGGACCAAAUGGACGCUACAACGAUUACAGUGGUUUUGGAAACGAUUUUGGUAUAGUACAUAAUGGUUCUCAACAGCAGCAGCACUUACCACCCCAGUUUCAGCAAAAAGUCCCCGGAAAUGGACAGAUAACUAGUUCGGGUGUUGGAGUUGGCAUGCAACAGUCCUUUUUAGAUAUUAAGCAAGAGCUUUUCUACUCAUCACAAAAUGACUUCGAUAUGAAGCGACUUCAACAACAGGCACAGAUGCAUCAGCAGCAACAGCAAACACAUUCACAACAACAUCAUCCACAAUCAACACAAAAUUCACAUGCUUCAAAUGGACCAAAAAUUACACCAAACGGAGGAUCAGGUACUUUCCCGAAAGCUGGCCCAUCGCAAUCGCAAUCACAACAACAACAGCCGAAUCUACAGCAGCAGUACUCACCCUACAAUUCACCGAUGGGAGCAACAGGUAAUCAGAGUCCAGUUGGGCAAUCAUUUAUGCAAGGUACUAGUCGCACCGCUGGCGGGGCAGGUGGGAUCGGUGGUGGAGUUAACAUGGGCGCUGGGGCGAAUAAUAGCGGUCCAUCUAAUUUGUCGACACAACAAAUGUCCCAACAGGCCAAUGCGCAACAACGUGGAGGGCCACAAAGCGGACAGCCCCCAAACAUCAACAGCGGUUCGGGUGGUGUUGGUAAUGGUCCUCACGUUGGCGGUGCGAAAGGCCCAAAUAAUCAAAAUGGGUCUGGUGGUGGCACAGGAGCUAGUAAUGGUAGCGGUGCUCAAACCGGUUCGAAUAUGCAUCAGCAGCAGCAACAGUCAACAACUACAACUCUACAAAUGAAACAAACACAGCAGUUACAUAUAAGUCAGCAAGGGGGAACACAUGGAAUUCAGGUGUCGACUGGGCAGCACCUUCAUUUGAGUGGUGACAUGAAGAGCAAUCUAUCGGUGGCUGCACAACAGGGUGUACAGUUCUUUAAUCAUCAACAGCAGUCUCAUGGGUCAGGCCCACAACAGCAAAAUCAUCAACAACACCAACAACAACAGCAACAAAAUACUCAAAAUGCUCAACAGCAGCAACAACCACAUCAAUCACAACAUCAACCAAAUCAAAAUCUCAAUCACGGAAACGGCACAUCAGACAGUUUCUCUAUCUCACAAACGCAGUCAAUGAAUUUCACGCAACAUCAGCAACAACAACAGACUCAACCACAACAGUCUCAGCAGAAUCAACAGAUGCCGUCCAAUAUGCGCCAGCGCCAGACACAAACACAAGUUCAAGCACAAGCUGCUGCUGCAGCUGCGGCGGCAGCAGCUUUAGCACAGGUUUCAUCGACUAACGUUGGUUCACCGGUCGGGCCAAGUAAUAACAAUAAUUCCAAUGCUCAAAAUAAUAGUGUGUCAAGUGGUGUGGGCAAUUUAAUAGGACAACAGCAACAAGCUCAACCAGGAGGAGUGGGUGGUAAUUUGCACGGUGGUCCAAAUUCUCUUCCAACAGGUAUGAACCCUAUGGUGUCGGGUGGAGCAGGGUCGGGUGGUGCUAAUAAUAUGGGCGGCUUAACGGGAAUGGGAGGCGGUGGUAUCGGCAGUUCAAACCAACUGGGUGGAAAUAUGGGUAGUAGCAUAGGUGGAAUGAUGACAGGAAAUUCUAUACCCCAUCCGAACGGUCCCAACGGACCAUCAAAUUCGGCAGCGGCCAUGAUGAUGGCUGGCACGGCCAAUGGAGGGCCACCGAUGAGCAUUACUCAAGCCAAAUAUUUACAACAGCAACAAAUAAUGCGUGCACAAGCAAUGCAGCAACAACAGCAACACAUGGGAGGAGCACGCCCACCUCCCCCUGAAUAUAAGGCGUCACAGGCGCAACUUAUGCAAGCACAAAUGAUGCAACAAACCGUUGGAGGAGGCGGACGUUUCCCUAACGCUGCAGCGCAAGCAGCAGCAAUGCGACGUAUGACACACCAACCCAUACCCCCUUCAGGACCAAUGAUGCGCCCACAGCAUGCAAUGUACAUGCAACAUUCAGGUGGGGGCGGUUCGCGCUCAACCAUGGGGCCCUAUGGCAACCCCAUGGGAACGCAACAGCGCCCGCCCAAUGUGCAAGUGACCCCUGAUGGAAUGCCGAUUGGAUCACAACAGGAAUGGCGCCACAUGAUGAUGUCUCAGCAACAACAGAUGACAUUUGGAGGAGGUCCAAGCGGCCCAAUGAGACAAGGUCCAGGAGGAUUUGGUGGCGGUGGUUUUAUGCCUAAUACUGGUGGGACAAUACCAGGUGGUGGCAACGGCAGCAUGGGUACUGGUCCAAACUCUGGCAUGCAAUUAUCGCCAGCACAAAUUCAACAACAAAUUAUGCGACAGCAACAGGUGCAACAACAGCAGCAACAAAUGUUGUCGAAUGCAGGAGGUGGAACAGGUCCAGGACCAGGCAGUAUGCAGAUGCAGCAAAUGUUACACCAACACCAUCAACAGCAACAAGUUGGGGCCGCCAACAUGAUGACGCAAAUUCAAUUGGCUUCUCUCCAGAUGUCUCAAUCACAGCAACAGCUCACAAUGCAACAACAGCAGUUUGUACAACAAACCACAUCGACGUCGAACACACAUCAGCAACACACACAAAUGAUGCAAAUGACUCAGAAUGUUUCAAGUAGCAAUACAGGCCCUGGCGGAUUGAUAGGUGGUCCAUCAAGUGGCUCUGGUUCUGGCAGCAGCAUCGGUUCACUUGGAACAGGAACGGGUAGCCUUGGACCAAGCAACAAUAAUCUGACAAGCAAUAACAUGACGCCGGGUGCCGCAAGUGUUGCUAUUAAUCAACCGACCAAUUCUCCUGCUUCUUCCAAUACUGCCAAUGCCAUAAAUCAAACUAAUUCCAAUGAUUUGUGUCUCGAAUUUCUUGAUAACUUGCCGGUGGAUAGUGGUAAUUUCUCCACACAGGAUCUGAUCAAUUCCCUUGAUAAUGACAAUUUCAAUCUGCAAGAUAUUUUGUAAAGUCAUUGUUACGUAAUGUUUUAAACCGAUGUUGAAGUAAAAAAAAGGUUUAGUAAGCAUGCAAAUGAUGCAGAUGUGCAAGCGCAUCCAAACAACUCACAUUUUAAUUUAUAUACGUUUUCGUAUAACUUUAAGUGUAAAAUGCAUAAUAAAUUGGUGAUAUUUUUCUAUUAUUAAUUAUUGUUAUGAACAAAAAAACCCGUAACCGAGCAUUGGUUCGAAAAAAACUUAAUAACGAUUAAAAUCAAAUAUGUUGUAUCAGCAAAACUUAAUGUAAUGUUUUAAUGUAGUAACAAUUAACUUUAAAUAAAUACUAAAAAACAAAAAAUAUGUAAACAGCAAUACAUAUUUGUAACUAUUACUAACUAUAGUAUUAAAUUGUAAGUUCCAUAACAUUUUUUAAUUUAAAAGUUAAAUCUAAGGUUAAUAUCAAAGACAAGCCCAACAUAUACAAAUAAAUCGCUAGAUAAAGCUAAUACUUUAAAGCAAAUAGGCAUUACAACAAAAAACAUAUACUUUCACACACGAACCAUACCAAUAAAGCGAUUUACUUAUUAAGAUCGAAUAUAAGUUAUAAAGCUUUCAUUAAAAAUAUGAAAUAAGUUUAAAAUAGGGAUUAUUAUUAUUGUAGUAUAAUUGUUAUUCUAAAUAAAAAUGAAAAUGUAGAUACACGCAGAUAGCUUUAAGUACUUACAUAUACAACUCUAAAUAAUAAUAAAAGACAUGCGUAACAUGUACAUGUUUUCAAAUUUAUUUUUCAAAGCAUUUUUGAAAUGUAAACCCCACUUAAACCUGUUGAGACUAUACUUAAACUUGAACAGGCUUCUCGCAGGAAUCAUAAACGAGCAUGCUAAGAGCCGACGAAUUCUUCAUAAUCUUUCACUUGUUCUUGACUUAACAAUCAUUUAGUCCAUUAUGAAUGAUUCACUCGAAUUUCUAUUGUGUUUAUCUGCAGAACUAAAGUCUAAAUUCCUAUGUAUGCAGAUGUAAUGGAGACAUAUUAAAGCAACUAAAAGUUGAUUCAUCCAAUAACCAGCUUUCAAUUUCAAUUUUUUUAAACUUUAAAUGCUAAUAAAAACAGUUAACGUAUUAAAUCCUCAACAUAUUCGAAGAUGCAUUAAAGAACCUAAAAUUAUUUGGUAUAGAAAGCUAGCCACCCAUGCCAAUAUAAUUUUUUUGGGUGUUUACCUUUUGCAUAUGCGAAGAAAAUACUACUACAUCUUGUCAUCAUUCAGCUCAUACAUACAUACAACUUGAAAUUGUAUAGAAUUUAGUUAGUACAAAAUGUAUACAUAUUUCCAAAAUAUAGGUACUACUGUAGAAAACUAAGUUCAACACAAUGAUCUUGAAGCAUAUUCAGCCUUAAUGUUAAUAGCGCAUAUUUUACAAUAUUUUUUAAUUGGCACAACUCAGCGGUAUAUAAUUAAAUAGAUCAUAAAAAUAUAUUAAAGAACUCAAUAUUCAAUAACUUAUUACGUACAUAAGUUAUCAUGCGAGAUCAAAAAAAUCAAAACACAUUUUUUGAUUAAUAACAUUAAAAGUGUAAUAUGUAAAGAUAUAUAGAGCAAAUAUCUAAGUUACAAUUCAUUACAGCAAUUGUAAUAAAUAAAUAAUCAAUAAAUUUUAUAUAUAAAUAGAUAUACGCAUACACACGUACAUAAAAAAUAAA